GGCAGGCUGCGGGGGGACCGGCGGGCUGCGGGGGGGCGGCCGGCAGCUCCCGGACGGCCGGGCUGGGCAGCGCCUCAGAGCCAGGUUUAGGAGGAUGGGAUGGAGGAGCGUGGAGACAUGAGGGGUCUUCUGCAGGCUGGGGGGUACGGACGGAGCCGCUGUAGGAGCGGAGGGUUUGGGAGGAGAACGAACGACCCGGCUGUGAAAACUGGGAGAGGUGGAAAAUGGGACCAUUUCCAUUGUGUUUUAGGUGACUCUUAACACCUGGUUACCAUGAAGUCCCAAAGGAGAUAGAGGGACAGUAGGGGGAAUUUCUUCUCUCUCCUCCAAAAAAAUCCAACAGUUGCCUAAUGGGAUUACCUCUUUUGCUGAAGUCAUGGGGAGCUGCUGCAGUUGUCUGUGCAGAGACAGCAUCCCAGACAACCAUCCCACCAAGUUUAAGGUGACCAACGUGGAUGAUGAAGGGAACGAGCUGGGAUCUGGGAUCAUGGAGCUGACACAGAUGGAGCUGAUCCUGCACACGCACAAGCGAGAUGCUGUCAGGUGGCCCUUCCUCUGCCUGCGCCGCUACGGAUACGACUCCAACCUCUUCUCCUUCGAGAGCGGCCGGCGCUGCCAGACAGGGCAGGGCAUUUUUGCCUUCAAGUGUUCCCGAGCAGAGGAGAUCUUUAAUCUGCUUCAGGACCUGAUGCAGUGUAACAGCAUCAAUGUUGUGGAGGAGCCUGUUGUCAUCACCAGGAACAGUCACCCCACAGAACGGGAGCUGUCCAGGAACCCCCAGGCACCCAACAGUCUGGGGUACACUGUCCCAGGAUUUCCCAAUGGAUUUCCCAGCUUCCCUGGAGAAACCCUACCAUACUCAGCAGCCCACCACCCCUCUGUGAGCAGCCUGAGACAUUCCUCUGUGGGUGAAGACUCAACUCAUGCCCUCCUUGGCCCUGAGGAGCAGUCCCACACCUACGUCAACACGGCCAAUGGUGAUCAGGAGCUGAGGGGCCAACAUUGUAUGCACUCCUUGCCUGAAGUCCACCCUCCUUUCCCCCGUAGGAACCACAGCUGCUCCCUGGAAGACCGAAAUCCCCAGGUCUUUCUGCAGCCAGGGGAGGUUAAGUUCAUCUUAGGUCCCACCUCCAACUGCAGACACGUCUGUCGGCACCACCGGGAGCGCACGACCCGCUUCUGCCCCCCCAACAACAACAACAACGAGUGCGAGGAGGACUGCCCUUCCCCCCAGUGUGUCUACGAGAACGUCAACGGCCUGCUGCCCCCCGGCACCUCCUCUUUCCACCGAGGUGGGUGCUUGAAAAUCCCCCGGGAGGACUCGGGCUGCCCCCAGCGCCGGGCGGCCUCGCUGCACUACGAGAACUUGCCGUCGCUGCCCCCGCUGUGGGAGUGCCAGCCCCCGCGGCGCGGCGAGGGGGACACGGGCCCCGGGGACCUGCUGACCCCUUCCCCCAGUGGCUGCUCUGAGGCAGGUGAAGAAGAUCCCCUGCAGAACUACAUGAACUCGGAGAAAACCGCCCUGCACGGGGGCCACGGCCGGCGGCGCGGGGGCUUCUUGUCCAAACCCCGGCGCGGCUGCGUCCCCAACGUCUUCAGCUUCGACUUCCCCCGGCCCUGCCCGGACCAGCCGCGGCAACUCAACUACAUCCAGGUGGAACUGGAGGCUGAGCCACUCAAGGGACACCAGAACCCACCUGUCCCCCGUGUCCCACCUCCUGCCACCCACGAAACGCGCCGGACGGACUCCUACGCCGUCAUCGACCUCAAAAAGACAGCGGCCAUGUCCAGUCUGCAGAGGGCCCUGCCCAGGGAUGAUGGGACCUCGCGGAAAACUCGACACAACAGCACUGACCUGCCUCUGUGAGGGGGAACGCCGAGUGCCAGCCCCGAGCUGUGGCUUCCCUGCCUGCCCUUCGUCGUGCCACCCGCUGUCGCCUCCGUUGGCCACUGCCUCCUGCUUCCCCUUUGCCCCACGUCCCGGUGUCCCGGGAUGGCUCCUGCAGCUGAUCUUCAGGCUAGUCCGUCUGUCCGUCCUCCCCGCUCCGUCUCUCCUGUGUCGCUCGUUUUCAAAGCCUUGUGGGAUGUUUGAUGAUGCUGUUUGAAGGUUCAAUUUCUGGUGAAAGGGGCAAAAGGUGCCAGCGAGGGUGUGGGGGAGGCCUCCGGUGGGGUUUGCCCUCCUGGCUGCCUGGCAGUGCCCAGGCCAGUGCCUGCAGGCUGGGCUGCAGGGGCCGGGCAAAAGUGUGGGGCAGGGCAGAAGUGUGGGGCAGAAUUGUGGGGCAGGCCUCUUUCCAGAAGCCAGUUGUUUCAGGAGCUCCACUGCAAACCAGGCCGGGUUCCCGUGGAUUUUCAUGCCUUGUGCCUCCAGGUGAGCUGGAGCCAGACCACUCCAAAAUGGGGUUUUGCUUUCUGGUUUUGCUGGUGAUGUGGGAGCUCGUGUUGUGGCCUUUUCCCCCCCUCGACUCACUCCCUUCUCCCCUCUCUGCUGUUACCUGUUUUCUUGAAGUGCAUGGAAGCCUUUUAUACUUGUGCCCUUUUCUCAGAUUCAGUUUAAAUUGGGCAACUCUAGAGAUGCCUAGAGGAGGGCAGGGAGCUGUGGGCUCACACUGUGAUCACAAACCUGACUUCCUGAAGAGGCCCUGCUUUAAAAAGAGGAGGGGAAAACCACAGCUAAGAGAGAGAUUUGAGGCUUGGUAUAGAAAACUUCAGUUGUCCCAUACCCUGUUCUGAUUUUUAAGGGUUUUGGGUUGUUUUUUUUUUGUUUUGGUGGCUGUUCAGAAGUGUUCUUGAUUUAUUUAUUGGUUUACUUAUUUAUUUAUGAAAUGUUCUUUUGCAUCCCAGUGCUAAUUGCCAAAACUGGUGCCAAUAGGAAACGUGUGCUCACUGUGGCUCUCCCCUUCUGUCUGGGGAACAGAUCUCAGAAGAGGUUGGUGGCUUCACUGAGCUGCAGUUGGGGAAAAGAGGAGUUGUGAAUCAAAAGUGGUGUUUGAACUGGGACUGACUGUUGCAGGGUGGGUGGGAAAUGGCACAGGAGAUGUGGGAGGGCAAGCAGAGCUGCCAGGCAGCCCAGCUUGGAGUCGUAUCAAAGUCGUUGCCUACACCCACGUGCCUGGCUGGAUCCAUGAGAAAUAUUUGAUCAGUGUUUGGAGUGAAUGUGCAGUUUGUUUCCUACAACUGUGGACUUGGAAGGGCUGAAUUUUGGCUCUCUGGAGGUGGGGGGAAAUUGUGGCCUUUGAUGUGGAUUUUUCUCUUGACAGCAGGGCUGGGCCUGAACUGAGCUGCCAGGCCUGUGUGUGAGGUUCUGCCUUGGGUCUCUGCUCCUCUCCCAUUGCAGGAUGUUCCACCACUCUUCUCAGCAUGGUGAUGUGCUGCAGCUUAAUGCCUCCCUGGGUUGCUCUUUGCCAUUGUGAGGUGUUUCCGUGAGGCAGAAAUGGGUUACUCUGGAGUCCCACUGCAUUCUUCAUCUUCCUCCCUGGGAUGGGAGUUGAGAGCUCCAGGGUGUCCUGCUGCAGGAAGCAUUGCCACAUCCUGCUGUGUUCUUGUCCCCAGCGUUUUCUGAUUUCAAAGUCAGUGACCAUCCAGUGUGAAAGAGGAGAGAACCCCACCACCCAGCUGCACCCUUGCUGCUGAGGUCCAGAAACUUGAUUUUUCAGAUUUUUAAAGUUCAGCCUUUUUCUUUUGGUGCUGUAAUGUCACAUGGAAACGUGACCCUUUGGGGACCAAGGACAUGAGCUGAGCAGUUCAGAAGAAGUGAUAACAGCAGGAGUCAUGCCAUGCUUCUGGUGGCAGAACAUGGAUUUCUUGGCUCUUUUACACUAGAAAUGCCUAAAUUCAGUGUUUUUUUCCUUUUUUUUUUCUGGACAGGAGGAAGUUCUUGUGCUUGUCUUCCAUUCUUUACCCCAACCCUUGUGUGAUCUAUAACUGAAAGGAAACCCAAGUCAUAUAUUUUUGUAGGUCCACCAAAUUAAUUUAUUUGAAGGGAAAGAAAAAAAAAAAGGCCAGUAAUGUAUCCCCCUAAAUCUAGCUUUCAUUUAGGGAAGGGAGAUAAAUUGGUUAUAUAUAUAUAUAUAUAAAAAGCUAACUGUGUUAAGCUUUAAAUAAAAUAUUUAAAUAAAGAGUU